AUGAUGGAUAUGAACCGAUCCCGGAGGCUAAACUUCAAUGCUCCCUUCUUGUCGACAAAACGGCAUGUCGCCCAAGAGAAGCUUCCGGGUCAGUUUCCGGAAGCUUCUGUUCCGUUUUGUUGGGAGACCGCUCCCGGGAUGCCCAAGAACUCGUCUCUCUUGAAAGAUGACGCUGAAUCCGAGACGCCUCGCCUCAAACUUCCUCCAGGAAGAUUGAAGUUGCAUGUUAAUGGUGAAAACAACGAUUUUGAUGAUGCAAGUGAAAGUUUAACACCAGCUAAAUUGUUGCGUCUAAACAAACGCGACAAUCAAGAACAUUUCCAUCAAACCAACCAAGACGCGGUCGAUGUCUUGUCUCUCACGCAAGCCAUAGACAUGAUCGAACACCCAAAAGAUAGCGUUUCAGAAUCAGAUGAUAGAAGCAGCGGGGAAGGUGACUCAAACGGCUACUUAACAAUGGAGAGCACGGAGCGAAGCGAAGACAUGUCACCGAGUUACAUAAUAGAGCGGUUUUUGCCUGAUGCAGCGGCUCUAGCAGCCGUGACAUCAGCGGCUAGCCAAAGGAGGAAGAAGAAACUAGCUUAUUUGAGUGCAACUGUGAGGCAAUCUUGUUUCUCACCAAAGGCUUGUGGCUUGCAUGUGUUGUUGCCUUGGAGCACUAAGCAUAGGAUUUGUGGUGUCAAAAACGCAUUUUCUCCUUCUUCCCACGUUCAUUUACAACCCAAGUUUAUUACAAAAGAUAACUAG